AUGCUACUUGGCGUGCGACAUAUAAGAGACGCUCCAAGGGCCUGGAGAAAAAAGGCUUGUGAGCUCACCACACUUUGUGGCAUCAAGUUGUGCGUAGUGGUGUACGGUGAGGGCGAGGCUCAGCCAAAGGUGUUGCCCUCAGAUGAAGAGGCCAAGCAACUCCUCAUGAAAUUCAACAGCAUGCUAGAUGUUAGUAGCCUCAAGAAGAAAAAGAACCAAGAGGAGUUCCUCCACAGUCGCUCCUUGAAGCUCCAUGAGCAGGUAUUAGCUGUUGGGGUUUAG